AAGUUUCACGCCAGCGAUCAGCGGCUGAGCAGCGUGCUGCUUGCUAUGGCCGGCUGGUUUAGGCGGCUCCUGCACAAACCCAAACCCAGCUCGGUGGAGCACAGCCUCAAUGCCAGCCACUCUGCUUCAUCCUCACCAUCCUCAUCCUCCGCGGGGAGCUCUGGCUCAUCUCCCAGCACAGCCGUGGCCAGGCCCGUGCGCCCAUCACCCGUCGUGGUGCCGGAUAUCAACGCUUCGGGCAGCGCUCGGUGGGACAAGAGCUACGACGUCUGCAUCUGUCACAGCGAGGUGGACUUGGAGCUGGUGGAGGAGCUGGCAUCCUACCUUGAGGCUCAACCCGAAAGUUUGCGGUGUUUCCUCCAGCUCCGGGACGCGGCGCCGGGAAGCGCGGUGAUGACGGAGCUGUGCGACGCCGUGCAGAACAGUCACUGCUGGGUCAUGCUCAUCACUCCGGGGUUUCUCCGCGAUCCUUGGUGUCGAUAUCAGAUGCACCAGGCAUUGGCCGAAGCUCCCAUGGCCAACGGCCGCACCAUCCCGGUGUUGAAGGACGUGGAUCGGAAGGAUUAUCCCAGGGAAUUGCGAAGCCUUUACUACAUCUACAUGGCACUGAAGGAAAGCAGCUUCCGGCAGAUCCGAGACACCGUUGUGCGCUACCUCCAGGAGCUGUGCCGGAGCUCUGCCAGCAGCAUGGAGUAG